AUGUCCUCGGAGUACUCGUUCUGCAGCGAGGGGGGCUUCGACGAGCUCUCGAGUUCGUCCGAUUCCGGUUUCGACGUCAGCUUCGAGUCCCCGAAACACGAGGUCCAAUCCGACACCCUAUAUCCGCCAGCGAAAGAAGAAAAGCGCAAGAAGACUCGAAACACGCGUUGCAAGAGCCCCACACAGGUGCUGAGGCUGAAAAGGAACCGUCGAAUAAAGGCGAACGAUCGCGAGAGACACAGGAUGCACACGCUCAACGAUGCCCUGGAACGUCUUCGGAUGGCCUUGCCGACCUUUCCGGAAGACACGAAGCUGACGAAAAUCGAGACCCUCAGAUUCGCCCACAACUACAUCUGGGCGCUGUCCCAGACGCUGGGAAAUUCCGAGGCAGGCGAGAUCACGGUGAACGUGGGCAACGUGACGGUCAGCAUCAGCGAGAACGGAAACAUGAUCACCUCGUCGACCGGAAGUUGCGCCGUCGCCGCGCAGAAGCGACUCGGGCCGUCGCACACGGUGUUCCCGUACCCUCAAGAGAGAUUCGUGCCCGAAUGGCAGGAGUACGAUUGCUACAGCGAUCAGAGUGUCAGUCCUCCGAUGCAGUAUCAGCCGUGUUACGAUCAGAGGAUGUACCACGCGCAGCACCAGCUUCCGGCGCCUCACCAUAUGGGACACAACAACAUGUAUCAGUGUCUUUAG